GAAAAGGGUUAUUGUGUUGUUCCUUGUUUGUUGUGAUUGUUCUGUCUCAAUCAUUGAAAUUGGUGUCAACGAAUUGUAUUGUUUGUUGUUUGGUUGAAGGUUUUUUUUUUUAAUAAUUAACAAUGGUUUUAAUUAGACCCGAAGAUUAUUGCGACGAAAAUGCACCUCCGAAUGUCGCUUCAUACAAGCACAAGACUCCCAAACGGACGCUGACCUUUUCCGAUGGGCUUCUGGAAGAAUAUAGCACAGACGACGAAGAUUAUGGUGACAAACCCACCCAGGAAAUUGUAAAUCCGGAAACAAUGACUUGGGGUCCUUGGAUGAUGUACAAAACUUGGGCAGCUGGUGCCUCUACUCUUUCCUACAUUGAUUAUGUGGGAGAAAUACUAGCAUCUUUGUUUGGAAUAACAACUCCAAGGUAUUACUUCGAAUUGGAAGAAUAUAAAAGGCGCAAAGCUAGUGCAGAUCGAUUAGCAGAACAAGAAAAGGGCUGGAGCGAAACCAAAGACCACAACGUUAUUGAGGUUCCCUUGAAAAAUAUGGAUCGUCCUGCAAAAAUUGAAGAAGUUUAAUUUUUUAGUCCUUAUUAAAUAUUGUACUGUAAAAUAUUCUUGAAAAUUGACCAUACAAUCUCUACUAUACAAUAUACAAGCUCAAUAUUAUGAUGCAAAUUUUAUAACAAUGACAAUAAUCUACUUACCUACUUUCAAUAGGUAUUAGAUGCUUUAAUCCAAGUAUUUUACAGUACCAUAUUAAAAUCGGCAAAGGAAAUGUUUUAUGUGGUUAAAGUGCUUUUUGAUGGUUGUGCCACCUAUACAAAUAUACCUAUUAAAAAUGUAUUUUUGAAUGUAUAAAUUUAAAAUGCUAAAAUAUUGUUCUGCAUAAUUAUUAUUAUCCAGUAAUGCUUUUCAAAACGUAUAGUCUAGUCAUAAUAGGUAUGACUUAUUAUUAUAUGACAAAUUAAGAUAUUGAUUUUUAUUACAAAUUAUUCCAUUCUCAGUAUUUUCCCAAGGUAUUAUUCUAUACUUAUUGAUGUUUUGUUAAUUUUAUAUGAAUUGUUUUUCUAUAAUAUC